CAUGAUAAAAGACGACGAUGUGUUCAAUGGUCCGCGUUCAUGUAAGCAGUUGCCUAUCCGAAUUCAAUUGGCUGUAGUCCUGUACCGACUCGGUUCGUGUGGAGAAGGAGCAACAAUUACCAAAAUUGGAAGUUUGUUUGGUAUUAGCGAUGGUGGAGUAAUACAAGUCAUGACCAACAGAGUCUUUGAUGCAAUUCUUAAAAAGAAAAAUAACUUUCUGUAUUGGCCGGACCCUAUAGAACGUAGAGCUUUGGUUGUCGAAACACUUAAAAACGACCAUAAUAUUGAUGUCGACGAAGAUAGCGUGAAUGACGAUCGUGAAGCCGACGAACCUGGAGACCAAAACUUACCUACAAUUGAAGGUGUAUCUAAGCGCCUCACAUUGUUAUCCCUAAUGGAAACUUAA